UGGAUGUGACUCAACAACACUCAGGUGAGGCCUGAAGACGUCGGACCGUUGACCAGUCUCAGGCUCCGAACUUUCCUGAGUCAUCCCCCCGGAACCAAGACGUCUGUAACGGUCAGCAGAUCCUCGUAUUUCUCCUUCCGACUGACCAAGUGCACAAGUCAUUGUUUUGGUGAUCGCUAUUGAUCAUUUUGUAGCACGACGCGUUUCAAAUACGCAUAGAAACUUAGUUACUCUCGAUGAAUUAUUCCUAUACCGUUAUCUAGCUGAGUUGUGUUUUGCGUUUAUCACAUUUUUAUGAGAAAGUAACUUAACUUCGUCUGUGGGCGAGGUGCUAGCUAAUAUAGCAAUCCCCGAAGAUCCCGGAUACAAACGAAUCUAGCCUCAGCUAAGGCAGUCACUGCCGAUCCUAGCGGGUGAUAAUGUCCCCUGGUUACAUGGGAGACUUUCUUUUUCAGGGUAAGGUCCAAACAAGGGAACUGAGGAAAGUCUGAAACAAACCAAAAACUGUGAGGUGCCCACCAUUUCUCCUCCCAUAGCUCAGAGAGGAAGUGAAACCAAGGGAUUGAGACCGAAGCAGUUCAAUGGAUGAAAACGUUGUAUGGACUGUAGAUUGAAAGAGGAAGAACCCUCUCAGAUUUUUUCGAUCUCUGCUUGUCCAACCCUUAAGGCCCCUCUACUUGUUAUUUUGUUCCUUGUAAGAGGUGUGUGAUAACUUGACGCAGAGAUGACAGCGAGACUGUGGGAAAAGCAAGAGCGGUAACUGAGAAGAGCAGUGACGUGAAUCCUUACAUCCAUAGGCUACCCACUGGAAUAUACUAAGUAUUAGCUAAUCAAGCAACAACAAUCAGUCUACCUUGGACACAUAGACCAACAACUAUGAGCACUUUCAGACGCUCAUGGAGGAAGUGACUGACUGCCAGACCGCAAUGUGAUGAGGAUAGUCUCUUUGCCCUUGUGUAGAGUUUCAAGUGUCAGAAGUCCUUCACGUCUGUCACUACAGCCCAACUUUAAGGGGGGAAAAACACAUUUCUGCACUGGACUGGUGGAAAGAACUUAGGUGAACCUGUGAUGAGUCGGAAUGUGGUGCUGCAAUGAACUGGGAAUCCCCUACUGGAGUUAGUGGGAGGAACUGGAACUGAGGUGGAACCAGAACCAACAGAGGCCUUAGCAUGACAAUGGAAUUCCAUGUACUAAACUGGAAAUACGUUUUGAAAUAACUGGUAAUUAUUGCACUUUGGCGGUAACAGGAAUAGUUUGUAAUAUUGAAUACGAAUUCUGGAGUGGACUGGAUCUGAUCUGGGAAAUCAACUGGAAAUAAAAUUGCAAUGCAAGUGUUAUUGAGGAUGUUUUCUGUACAAAAUCUUCUUACAUUCUGAACUGGUAGCAUUGGGGGGGGGGAAAUACUGUUUCAUCCUGGGAUUUGGGAACACUGGAAUCUGUUCCUGUGGAACUGCAUUUAUUGGGAGAGGAUUACUGAAACCAACAGAGUACUGUCUGCAGAAAUGGCGGGGCCGGGAAAGGACUACAACCAUCUCUUCAAACUGCUCAUCAUUGGAGACUCCAAUGUAGGGAAAAGCAGUCUACUAUUACGAUUUGCAGAUAACUCCUUCUCUGGUAGCUACAUCACUACGAUCGGCGUGGACUUUAAGAUCCGUACGGUGGACAUCGACGGGGAGCGAGUCAAACUGCAGAUCUGGGACACGGCGGGCCAGGAGCGCUUCAGGACCAUCACCUCAACGUAUUACAGAAAUACCCACGGUGUGAUUAUUGUUUACGACGUCACUAACCCAGAGUCGUUUGUGAACGUGAAGAGGUGGCUUAAUGAGAUCACUCAGAACUGUGACAACGUCUGUAAGAUCCUGGUGGGGAACAAGAAUGACGACCCCUCCAAGAAGCAGGUGGACUCCCAGGAUGCAAUGUGUUUCGGGGAGUCGGUAGGCGUCCGGGUGUUUGAGACGAGCGCCAAAGAAAACAUCAACGUGGAAGAGAUGUUUAUGGCGUUCACUCACAUGGUCCUUCGGACAAAGAAGCAGAGUCAGAGUCGUGCAGAGAGAGAGCGGGAACGAGAGAAGGAAACGGUCGACAUCAACUCUCACAGACACAGAGAGAGGAGGAAGAGGGGGAAGAAGUGUUGCUGAGGGAGAGAGGGAGAGAAAGGGAGGAGCUUUUCUAAGAACAGGACAGACCAAUGGAGAGUUGAGCAACCAAUGUCUGUCUGCACUCAUGGGGAAAGAGCCAGGACAUUACAUGUUGACAUUGCACUGAGGCAAGAUUCCAAGAUGUUAAGGACAGAGAACCACUGUUACGUGCUGAAUUUUUACCUUAGCAGUUAUUUUUUAUGAAUGUAUAUUAAUGUCAUUUUAUAAUUAAAAGGGAAAUUGGAUCCCCAAAGUGUCAAACUGUCAUUAAAACCCCUAAUUUAGGAAAUACACUAAUGACUUCAAAAGUGACUAGAGUGAUGUAUCUAUCUUAUUUGUAAUGAAAAAUAUAACAUGUAUAAAAUAAACAGUGAGCAAUAAAGUCAA